AUGUUGGGGAAAGUGAGUACGCACUAUGGCAGAUUCGGCAAAGCAAGACCUACUGUUUCAGAUCUCUGCCUGGAGGCGGAACAAGGAAACCAGCCUCUUUCACCAUCACUGAAUCCACUGAUAAAGGACCUCAGACGCGUCUGUGAUGCAGUGCUUGCCUCGUGGUUUCUUGCCCUCAACAAGCAACAGUGGGAACUUGCUGUACUGCAACUAGAUUUCAACGUUUCCUGCUCUGAUGCGGUAACGCCCCUGAGCAGCUUUAAUAUCGAUACCCGCAAGAAGUGGAUUACGCCGCCCACAGCCCCACUCUCUUGGCCCAAAGUUCUGCAGCAUUCAGAUGGGCGCAAGACCUGGGUUCUGGCCACUUCCUCGGUAGAGGAUGAUCCAAGCAGGCAGCUUGGCAGGCUGAAUAAGUGUAGUCUGACCUCGGAUGAGCUCCACUGCGAGGAAGUUGUCCUGAGAGGAAAUAUUCAAAAGUCAAAAAAUAUCCAGGAUGGUGGCAUAGCUAUAGCCAGAAGCGCAGAAUGGAUCCUGGCUUGCCUGCAGAAAAAGCAGCGCCGGGCCCUUAGCAUCACAGAAGAGUUGAAUGGCAUUUGUACCCUGCUCACAGCAGACUUCCAAGAGGAGGCUUUCCUUAACCUCGGCAAAAUCAUUGAGACCAAAUUUAACAACAGGGACCAAAAUAACAACAACAACAACAACAAAAUCAACGUUACUGACACUGACAACUUCAUCAGCGCAGCUGGCAAUAGCACCUCCAACAAUUCAAGAAACAGCCAUGCAUGCAAAGCAGACUCAGGGACAGAGAUCGCUAUUGUUCUGGAUGGAUCAGGAAGCAUCGAGCCUGAGGAUUUUGAAAGAGCCAAGGGUUUCAUCUUCAACAUGAUGACGUCAUUCUGGAGGAAAUGCCCAGAGGUUACGUUUGCUGUGGUACAGUAUGGAGCAGAGAUCCGAACUGAAUUUGACCUGCAGGAAAGCAGCAACAAGUCCAGUGUUCUCUCCAAGGUCCAUAACAUAACACAGCUGGGCUCUGUGACCAAGACUGCAUCUGCCCUGCAGCACGUGCUAGAUGAGAUCUUCAAUGAAAACCGCGGUUCGGUCAAGGGUGCUCGCAGGAUGAUCCUUGUCAUGACCGAUGGGGAGAUCUUUUUGGACCCACUGAACUUAACGGAUGUGAUGAGCUCCCUGAAAAUGGCCACGAUCGAACGUUACGUCCUGGGGGUCGGCGACGUCUUCAGCAAGCAAAGGGCCCUGAAAGAGCUGCAGCUUAUCGCCUCGGACCCCGAUGAAGAUUACUUGUUCAAGCUGCCUGACUAUGAAGCCUUGGAUGGGUUCCUGUCGGUGCUGGAGAGAAAUAUUUUGGGUACCUCAGCGGCAUAUCUUCCAGAGGCAGGAUCUGGCUAUGAAAACCAUAACAGCAACAAUAACAACAUCCUGGAGGAUGAUGACGAUGACUCAUCAGACUCAGGGACAGAGAUCGCCAUUGUUCUGGAUGGAUCAGGGAGCAUCGAUUCUGAGGAUUUUAAAAGAGCCAAGGCUUUCAUCUACAACAUGAUGAAAGCGUUCUAUGAGAAGUGCUUUGAGUGUGAUUUUGCCCUGGUGCAGUAUGGAUUUGAAAUCAGAACUGAGUUUAACCUGCGGGACAGUUGGAACGCUAACGCUACCCUCCAGAAGGUUCAGAACAUCACCCAGUUGCGCAGCGUGACCAAAACAGCAUCUGCCAUCCAACACGUGCUGGAUUCUAUCUUCAUUGAGAGCCAGGGGUCCCAGAAAAAUGCUGCUAAAAUCAUGGUUGUGCUGACAGAUGGGGAAAUAUUCCAGGAUCCAAUGAAUUUAACAACGGUGAUAAAUUCACCCAAAAUGGCAAGAAUUGACCGUUAUGCCAUUGGGGUGGGAGAAGCAUUUAACAAGUCCAAGGCCCUAAAUGAGUUGAAGCUGAUUGCCACUGAUCCAGAUGAAAGUCAUUUAUUCCGAGUGACCAACUAUUCAGCUUUAGAUGGGCUCCUUUCAACCCUGCAGCAGAAAAUCAUUGCGAUAGAAGGCACGGCAGGCGAUAUUACAGAAUAUGAGCUGGCGCAAACUGGUUUCAGCGCACAGAUCUUGGACAAGCAGCACAUACUGGUUGGAGCUGUGGGGGCCUAUGACUGGUCCGGUGGAGUUUUGCUGUACGAUUGGGUAACCAAGACGGCCACUUUCCUGAACGAAUCUAAAGAAGCAAAAGAAGCAAAAUACGGCUACCUAGGGUACAGCGUGGCUGUGGUGAAUGCACAAGACGGUGCCUGGUAUGUUGCUGGAGCUCCGAAGCACAGCAUGACAGGGAAAGUGCUGGUGUUUAAGAAAGAUGGCUCAAAGCAAAUCCUACAAGGAGAUCAGGUUGGGUCUUAUUUUGGCUCUGAACUCUGCUCUGUGGAUGUGAACCAGGAUGGGGAGACAGACUACCUUCUUGUGGGAGCCCCGCUUUAUCACAUCUAUGGGGAAGAAGGAAGAGUUUAUGUGUAUCGGCUUCAGAAUGGUUACUUCUCCUGGGUAGGACACUUAAGUGUCCAGACACCAUCUCCUUUUGCAAGGUUUGGGUUUACUGUGGCCAGCAUUGGGGACAUCAGUAGGGAUGGAUAUGCGGACAUUGCAGUUGGAGCCCCCCUUGAGGAUCGACUUUCGGAUUCUUCUACCUUUGGCAGCAUUUACAUCUAUAAUGGUGAUAAGAAUGGGAUCAGGAGCACCUUUUCUCAGAGGAUAAGAGCAGCUGAAGUUGCUCCAGGCCUCCAAUAUUUUGGACAGUCCAUUGAUGGUGGUUUUGACUUCACUGAUGAUGGUCUCAUAGAUAUCACAGUGGGAUCGUUUGGAAAUGUAACUGUGCUCCGCUCCAGACCAGUUGUCAGAUUUAAUGUCACUAUGAGAUUCACCCCGGAGGGAAUAUUCGUUUUCCAUAACAAUAGCAUCAUUACUGCAGAACUGUGCUUUAAUAUGAGCUCACCUUUAGAAGCAUCCCCGCAAGAGACUUGGCACUUACCCAUUCGCUACACUGUGGACUUGGAUGUGAGGAUGAAGAAGAAGAGAGCCCAUUUUGAGGAUCAGAAGUCCACACUGAGCCAAGAAAAGCAGGCCAAUGGACCUGUGUGUGCUGAGCUGCUGCUCAACAUACUGCCGUGUGAUUAUGACUGUUUCUCUAGCAUUACUCUCAAAGUCAGCUACCAGCUCUCUAAUACCAACGAGAUCAUGGAUCAUCCAGCUCCCAUGCUUGAUAAAUACCAGGAACCUGAGGCCUAUUUUCAGCUGCCUUACAAGAAGGAUUGUAAUAACAAAGCCAUCUGUGCUGCGAACCUAACCUUGAGAAGUCAGACUCAGAAGAAAUUAGUGGUGGGGGACACCAAGGAGCUGACCAUGGACAUUUCUCUAGUUAACAGCGGAGAUGACUCCUACAUGACAACCCUGGUCUUGAAAUACCCUAGAAAUCUACAGUUUAAAAAGAUGAUCCCAGAGCCAUCCUCUACUGUGAUUCAUUGUGAUCAGCCAAAACCAUCUGCACAUUUACUCUCGUCCAUGGGCUGCAAGAUUGGACACCCGAUAUUCAAAAACACAAUGGCAUAUUUUUCAGUGAUUUGGCAAUUAGAUGAAGCUUUAUUUCCAGAUCAGACUGCGAACAUCACUAUUAACGUCACAAAUGUAAAUGAAAAUAGCAUUGCUUUGAUUGAAGAACACAUACUUGAUGUCAGAUAUGCUUUGACUGCAGUUCUUACCAAGCCAACUCCAGUAGUAUAUGUGAAUGUUAGUCAAGGACACUUUGAGACCAAAGAGUUCCAGUUUAAUAUCAAUGGGGAAAACCGCUAUGGCGCUCAAAUUGAUUUAGAGAUUUUGGUUCCUGUCUGCAUACAAGGUCAUCCUAUUACAAGAAUGAAAAAAGUAACAGGAACACAGAAUACAACAGUCUGCACAAACUGGAAGGAUUUGGAAUAUCAUCCUCAAUUCUGUACUGAAAAGACCAAAGUACAGGCCAGCAAAGGGCAGUACCAACAUGUGCACUGUGCUAUAACAUCCGACAGAGAGAAUGUUACUGUGAUAGCUGAGUUGCCUUUAAUUGAUUCUCAGCAGUUCUUAAAAGACAGAACUGAUCUUCUGGUCAUUGGGGAAAUCACCUUCAACAAACAUCUGUAUGAGGGCCUGAAGGAAGAGAACCACAAAGCUGAGAUCACUGUCGUCUUGUUGAAAACACAAGUAAUCAAUGCCUUGCCUGUUGUCAUAGGAAGCUCUGUUGGUGGAUUUUUGCUGUUGGCUUUCAUUAUUUUCAUCCUUUUUAAGUGUGGCUUUUUCAAAAGAAACUAUAAAAAUAUGAUGGAGGAACAACAUGAUUCCUGAGGAUCAGGCUGACUAGAGCAGGAUUCUGUACAGGAAUUGCACACUCUUCCUGAGAGCUCCAAUAUCAAAGACCAGCCAGAAGCAAAGCAAUUCAGUCUGUGAGCUGGGAUGGAUCUUGAGGGUCCUGAAUUUUGAGACUGCCAUGGUUUGCUCCUGGUUUAAUUUAGGGAUUUUGCACUCUCGUAUGACCCAGCCACCUGCUUGUGCAGCUAGCUUGGAUUUGCUGACUACUUGUCAAAAUUGGACUUUCCUAGAUUAAUAAACCACAGAAUCCUCAUUUCAGAUUUUGCCUAAAUGUAAAUAUGCUGGAGACAGUUUAGUUUGGAUUGUGUGUAAUUUAUGCAUUGUUAUCGCAUUCUUUGUUGUUUUGAUGCCGAGUUGGUUUUAAAUGGACUUUAAUAGCAUGCAGCCUCAAACGAGUUUGAAAAUAGAAGUGGUUGAAUGGAAGCUCCACUCUGCUCAUUGUGAGUGAAGUUGGCAAAGCACCUCUGAUGCAUGCACGCUUAUACUUGUUUGAUUUAACAAAGCAGGGCAGGCUCGAUGCUCUCAGCCAUUAUUCUGUUAGUGGGAUGUGUGGAUUCUUGCCGAUUGGAAACGUAAGUGUGUACAGAGGUGACCAUGUAAACAAGCAGAAUGGUUAUAGGAGAAAGACUCUCCUCCCCACACCCAGAACAAAGAAGGUUCUUGUAUGGCCUAGUAACCCAAAAUGCUUUUGUGUUUUCCAUUGGGAUCUCCAGAGUCCCAUGAGAACAAAAGGUUAAAAAUCAGAUUCAUGCCUUUCAGUUCUGGGUUAAUUGUUUUCAAAUUCUGAUUGGGUCACAAGUAAAAAUGAGUUUGCUAGGUCUCAUACUAGGUCCUGAUGGACUAUUUCCACAUCAGAAAUCACUGCACCAUGGUGGCAUGACUGGCGAUGUCUGCUCAGAAGAGUACAAGAACUAGAAUGGUAGCAGUGUUCCAGGUCUUGAGUCACUGGCAAAUCUGGAAUUGAACAGAGCAGGAUUGUUGCAGGUCAGGAUUGUGAUUUAUUGCAUAGCAAUGUGGAGUCCCAAGACUGGAAUAGCAUUUACAGAGCAGUGUGCGUGGGAAGUUUGCUUAACAACUGCCUGUCCUGUGGUUGGCUCUAGCCAGCACCUCAGUCCUGGUCUUUUCUGAGCACUAAACGACUACUGACCUCAAACAUUUUUUUGAAAGCAAAAAUACCUUUAAAUAUUUCCACAUUUGGCUGUAGUUGUCCCUAACUGUGUAGUUUGCUGUUUUAUUUCUGUCACAUAUACCUAACCUAAAACCACUGAAACUUGAGUGUGUUCGCUUGAAACUGACAGAAUUAACCUAGAUGGGGGGAGGGAUAGCUCAGUGGUUUGAACAUUGGCCUGCUAAACCCAGGGUUGUGAGUUCAAUCCUUGAGGGGACCAUUUAGGGAACUGGGGUAAAACUCUGUCUGGGGAUUGGUCCUGCUUUGAGCAGGGGGUGUUGGACUAGAUGACAUCCUGAGGUCCCUUCCAACCCUGAUAUUCUAUGAUAUGUUUAUUCUAAGAGGAGGAAAGCAGAUUAGCCCACCACCUGCUCUUGUCUUAGCCAAUACACACCAUUUCAUGAACAACAAGGAGUCUGGUGGCACCUUAAAGACUAACAGAUUUAUUUGGGCAUAAACUUUCGUGAGUAAAAACCUCACUUCU